AAUAAACGCGUGUUUUCUGGGUGCAUUUUUGGAAGAAAUCUGUUUUAAACGUUUGAAAACGCGCAUUUGUGUAAAUAUUUUCAUUUUUGCAAAGUUUAUUCAACAUCGCUAAGCUUGAAAAUGUCGAAAAGACGUAUAGAAGUGGGCGAAACGUAUAACACAAAGUCGAAGAAAGAUUUCGAUACGACUACGUCAGCAUUUAGCAAUCCUACACCAGUGGCUCAUGUUGCUGGUGUAGCUAGCGCUUCGCGGCAGCCCGGCACUAUAAAUCCUUACAACCUGAAACCAUUUACACAGCGCUAUUUCAACCUAUAUAAGAAGCGAAUUACACUUCCUGUUUUCGAAUAUCAAGCAGAUUUUAUGCGUCUACUGAAUGAACACCAAAGUAUAGUUUUGGUGGGUGAAACUGGUUCUGGCAAGACCACACAAAUUCCACAAUGGUGCGUUGAAUUUGCCAUGUCAAAAGGAAAGAAGGGCACUGCUUGUACACAACCACGUCGUGUGGCCGCUAUGUCUGUUGCGCAACGUGUUUCUGAGGAAAUGGAUGUCACCCUUGGUGAGGAGGUUGGUUAUUCCAUCCGUUUUGAAGAUUGCUCAUCACCGAAAACAGUACUGAAGUACAUGACAGACGGUAUGUUGUUGCGUGAGGCUAUGUCCGAUCCCAUGCUAGAACAAUAUCAAGUAAUAUUGUUGGAUGAGGCCCACGAACGUACUUUGGCAACAGAUAUUUUGAUGGGUGUUUUGAAAGAAGUCAUCAGACAACGAAACGAUCUGAAAUUGGUUGUCAUGUCUGCUACUUUAGAUGCAGGCAAAUUUCAACAGUAUUUCGAUAAUGCACCUUUAAUGAACGUACCAGGUCGUACACAUCCCGUUGAAAUUUUCUAUACGCCUGAACCAGAACGCGAUUAUUUAGAAGCAGCUAUACGCACAGUCAUACAGAUACACAUGUGUGAAGAUAUUGAAGGUGAUGUAUUAAUGUUUUUAACUGGUCAAGAGGAAAUCGAGGAGGCAUGCAAACGUAUAAAGCGUGAAACAGACAACUUGGGCACGGAUGUGGGCGAAUUAAAAUGUAUUCCCCUUUACUCUACUUUACCGCCAAAUUUGCAACAACGCAUUUUUGAACCUGCACCGCCGCGUAAUGCAAACGGUUCCAUUGGACGUAAAGUAGUCGUUUCCACCAACAUCGCUGAAACAUCGCUGACCAUUGAUGGUGUAGUUUUCGUUAUUGAUCCUGGCUUUGCCAAACAAAAAGUUUACAAUCCACGUAUACGUGUCGAGAGUUUACUAAUAUCAGCCAUUUCAAAGGCAUCAGCCCAGCAACGCGCAGGUCGUGCUGGUCGUACACGUCCUGGCAAAUGUUUUCGUCUGUAUACAGAGAAGGCAUACAAAAACGAGAUGCAGGAUAAUACAUAUCCUGAAAUUUUACGUUCAAAUUUAGGUACCGUGGUAUUGCAGUUGAAAAAACUUGGCAUUGAUGAUUUGGUGCACUUCGACUUUAUGGAUCCACCUGCACCUGAGACACUUAUGCGUGCUCUGGAAUUACUUAAUUAUUUGGCUGCGCUGGAUGACGAUGGCAAUUUAACCGAUUUGGGUGCGGUUAUGUCAGAAUUUCCCUUGGAUCCGCAAUUGGCUAAAAUGUUAAUUGCUAGCUGUCAGCAUAAUUGCUCAAAUGAAAUACUAUCAAUUACGGCUAUGCUGUCGGGUGAGAAUGCGCACAUUAAUAUUAAAUGUGUGCUUUAAGCUUUUUUAUUUGUUAUCGAUUUACGUAAGACCAAACUGUUAAAUUUAUUAGGGAGAGUAGCCUUAUGAUUCUUAGAUUCUUUCGCUGUUUAAAUUUGAAUUAUUAUUCGCGAAGAAUGCAUAUCGUCGUCUAAAGUACAAAACCGCGUAUCAACAUAGGGCAAAACCGCGUAUGAGAGGGUGCAUAGAUUAUUUUGUAGAGAGUAAAAACACUCAUAUUUAAAAAUGGUUCUCUCCUUUAUAAAGCAAUCGCAUUUCUGGCUAGUAUAUUUAAGGCUUGAGCCAACAGCUCCUGAAAGCAAACCCUUUUUUUUUGGGAAAAAAUAUCAAUUAAGCGGUUUCGUCGAACGACGAUAUGCGGUUUUGUACUUUAAACGACGGUAUGUAAAUAUACAGUGGUGGAAGAAAUAAUAUAAACUUUAUAUUUUGACCAGGUUUGGCUAUCAUUCUUGUGCUAAUUCGAUGUUUCAUAUAUUAUCCGCACAAACUUUGUACAAAAAUUAUAAAAAUGCAACAAAUUUUACCAAAAUCCUCCAAAAUUU